AUGGAUGCAGGUCUAGCUGCAAUGGCACCAAGAGCUCCACCAGGUGCUCCUGGUAAUCCUAAUAACAAAAAAUGGCAAAUGAGAAACCAAUUAUUACAAAAUGAUAUUGGUAAUAUAGAUAUAAAUUAUGAACAUAGACUACCUAUGAAUAAUAUCCAACAUCAACGACCGCAUGGGAAUAUGAAUAUGAAUAUGAAUGCGAAUAUAAUGAACCAAAGAAUGCCAAACCAACAUUACGGAGGACCUCAACAACAAUUUAGGAAGCCUAAUUAUAAAAGCAAUGUUCCAUACAUGCAUAUGAACGGGAAUUCUUCCAUGCCACAGAUGGGAGGUGUUCCAAGACCAAAUUAUCCCGGAAGCUCAUAUAGUAAUAAUAGUAGAACUUCGUCAUUCAAUCAAAGAUCAAUCUCCAAUUUACUAAAGGUUAAAAGUCCCAAUAUUCCAUUUGGAAAGAGCCUAAAUAAUUUUGGGAAGAAAAAUCAUAGCGAUGGCGCUAUCGACGAUGACGAAGGGGUAGAAAUCAAUGGUAAUACAUUUAAUCCAUAUUCCUUUAAUGACGUGACUUCAAUAAGUCAUAAAAAUAAUAAAUUCAAUCACAGCACUGAUUCAACCCCAAUCAUACCGACUAUCGGCAUCGAUGGUUCUUCCAAUACGAAUAGUUCUGCUUAUAGGAAAUAUAAAACAACACAGAAAAAAAUGGCAAUAAAUACAAUGGCAAGGCAGAAUCAAGCAAACCAUCCUAAUGAUCAAAGAUCUAUGUCAUUACAAAACUAUCCAAAUCAAACGAGGAAUGGUAACAUCCAGCAUGCUCCAAUGCGUCAUCCAAUGAGACCUAUCGGUCCUGGUUAUUACGAUCAAAAUAGAGCCAAUUCGUUAACUGACAUUAAGCCAUCUAAUACUAACCAAAAUUUUGCAUAUAACAAUAAUCUAUUAUACUCAAAUCAAAAACCUUUCCCAAAUAAUUCAAAUCCACAACAUGUAUAUAACAGCGAAUCGCAACAUUUUCAACCUCAAGAUAAACAGAAUAUCAGAGCUGAUACUCCCCCAUAUAGAAAUCAAAUUCCAAAAAUUGAAAUAUCCACUGAUGAAUCUUCAGCAAUAAGUUCAACUUCAAAUUUGAUUACUGAUAAUUUGAAUUCUUCUGUUUCUGAAUUUUCCAACAUAUCCUCAAGUUCUCCAGUAGUUAAACCAAAUUUAAGCUCACAUGAAUUUGAUAGUAAUAUAUCACACUCAAGUUCACCACUGAAAAAUCAAGUAAGUAAUCAUAAUACUGAAGAGUCAUCGGCGUUGCAACUAAUGAAGUCUGAAUUGGAGACAUUAAAGAAAAAAAUUGAGAAAAAAGAAGAGACCUUAAAACAGAAGGAAGAUAAUUUAUUAGUUCGAGAGAAACAACUUAUAAAAAGAGAACAGGAAAUUACUGAGAAGGAAAACUAUAUAAUGGAAUCAUUAGAGAAACGAAGUUCAUCUACGAAAGCCUCAAGUGAGCCCUUACUCUCUAAAAAUGAUAACGAUUUGAAUUUUGAAAAGGAAAGCAGAAUUACUAAAGAUUCAAUAUCAACUUAUAUUUCCUCUAACAGAGACUCACCUCAAAUACACGAGCAAAGAACCGUCACUGGUCUCUACAAACUGGAAAAUUCAACUGACAUAGGAAAGUAUAUGACAGCACAAGAAUUUCAACGUAAUGAAGUUGACGAUUUGACAUUUUCUGAUAUCAACAAUCAUAAAAAUAUUUCUCAAGGAACCUUAAACCUGGAACAUUCAAAAUUGACAUUAACACAUGAUUCGGUCAACGAGUCAGUUUCCGUGUCUAACUCUAAUCAUGAAAUGCUCGAAGACACAUUUCAAUAUAAAAAGAUUAAACAACCAACACUGACGUCAAAUAUUUAUAAGAUGAAAAAAGAUGAAUCUAAUCUAAAAUCAAAAUUUUCAGCAAGCAAAGACCGCUUCAGUUUUGAAGUUAGCCAAUCAGCAAUCUUUGUUGAAGGUGAAACUGGCCAAAGGGGAACCACUAAUAUUGCUGCAAAUACAUCCAAUUCCCCAGAAUUGGUUGAUUCAAGAUUAGACAUUUUGAACCAAAAUAAAGAAUUAACAAGUGAGCUUUUUAUCGUUUCCAAAGAAUUAGCUGACUCUAUCCAGAGGGAAAUUUCUUUAGAGAAUAGAUUAGACAGCCAAGGUAUAUCAAGUCCUACAAUGUCAGGAUUUGUAUCGAUCCAAGAUUAUGAAACUGAAUUAAGAACAAAAUCCGAGAGAAUUGUUUCGUUAAUUGAAGAACUAAAUAAUGAGCGGAAAAAGAGAUAUGAGAUCGAGGAACAAAUUAUUAUCAACGGUUUAAAUACUCCCAAUUUUCAAGAUUAA